AUGGCAUCAACGCUGCAAAAGUUCAAGCUAGUCUUCUUCGUUCCUCCUUCAGCCCUCAACGCCUGCAAAACUGCCGUCUUUGGCGCCGGUGCAGGCCGCUUUCCUGGUCCGGGAGGCUACACCGAGUGCUGCUUCACUAGCAGGGGAACAGGCCAAUUCAGGCCUGGUGAUGCUGCUAACCCGCAUUUCGGUAAGGUUGGCGAACUUGACGAGGUAGACGAGUAUCGCGUUGAAGUCAUGUGCAUGGGACGCAAUGUUGCUAUCAGGGCUGUUGAAGCGCUGAAAAAAGCCCACCCCUAUGAAGAGCCUGCGUAUGAGGUAUACAAGAUGGAGGACAUGUGA